AUGUGUAUACCCAUUAGUAUGUCAUACAACAAUCCUAUUUAUAUUUCUAAGCAUAAAAAUCAUAAAUUCUUCUUCGAACCACGAGAUAGUAUUGGAAAUUUAGUUUCAAAUACUUAUUUGGAGAUUGAUAGAUUUAAUAAUCAAUUAUCAUUAAAAGAUGGAACAUAUUCACCAAUUCCAUACCAACAAGUAGAUAUUUUUUCAAUAUUUGGAAUUUUUGGUUUUAUAAAUGGAGCAGAAAUUUUUAAAAUUUUAGAAAUUAAGGUUAUUCCAUUUAAUAAAAGAACUCCAGGAACGGUAGAAUAUUUAAAUGAAAAACAGUUAAUUGAUAUGAUACAUUAUGUCAUUACAAAUGGUUCAUUUUAUUAUUCAAAUAGAUAUGAUUUGACAAGAUCAAUGCAAUGGUUAGCUGAAUGUCGUGUACCAGAGUUUAAAUCAUUACCAAUGAUUGAUAGAAGUGAUAGUCGAUUUACAUGGAAUAGGUAUAUGGCAUCAUCAUUUAUGGAUAAACCUGAUUUUAAGAAAUAUAUAUCACCAAUUAUGCAAGGUUUUAUUGGUAUACGCCAUUGUACAUUAAAUCAUCAUGCAUUUAAGUUGAUCUUAAUAUCUCGUCGAUCAAUCUACAGAGCUGGUGUUAGAUUUUUUAAAAGAGGAGUUGAUUCAAGAGGUAAUCCAGCCAAUUAUGUUGAGACAGAACAAAUAAUUGAAUAUGAUUCAUAUGGUGAUCCAAAUAAAAAACAAAUGACAUCAUUUCUUCAAAUGAGAGGUUCUAUACCAUUAUUUUGGAGUCAAAAACCAAAUUUAAAAUGGGCACCUAUUCCUGCUGUCAAUCCAACUGAUGAUCAAUUAGAAGCAUACCUUACACAUAUGCAAACACAAUAUAAUUUAUAUAAAGGAAAACAUUUAUUAAUUAAUUUAGUUAAUCAAAAAGGUAGAGAAAAAAAAGUUGGUGGUGAAUUGGAAAGAAUAGUUAGGCAAGCUAAUUUAAAUUUUGUUCGUUAUGUUCCAUUUGAUUUUCAUAAAGAAUGCCAUGGAUUAGAUUGGUCUAGAUUAUCUCUUUUAAAAGAUGAUGUUAUUCAUGAUAUUACUUCAGGUGGUUAUUUUUUAACAAUUAGUGGUGAACCAAUUUCAUUACAAAAAGUAUUUUUUAGAACUAAUUGUAUGGAUUGUCUUGAUAGAACAAAUGUUGUACAAAGUGUUAUUGCAUUGGAAAGUUUAUCAUUACAAUUAAUUGGACAUAAGAUCAUUGAUAAUACAUCAAUGGUUAAAUUGAAUGAAGAAUUUAUGUGUAUUUUCAAAAAUAUAUGGGCUGAUAAUGGUGAUGAGUGUAGUAGACAAUAUGCUGGAACUGGUGCUUUAAAAGCUGACUUUACAAGAGUUGGUAAACGAACAGUUAAUGGUGCUAUCAAUGAUGGUAUUAAUGCAAUAUCUAGAUACUUCCGAAAUAACUUUUGUGAUGGAUAUAAACAAGAUUCAAUUGAUUUAUUUUUAGGUAAUGCAUUUCCAUCAAAUGAUAUUAUACCUAAAAUAGUAUCUGAAAGUUCGUUAAAUGUUUCUUCAUUUAAUGGUGCUGCAAUUGUUGGAUUUGUCUUUUCAUUAGCAAUGACAAUUUUAUGUAUUUUAAUAUCAGAAAACCUAAGUGCAACUUUAUUUUGGUUCAUUUUUUCUCUAUGUCUUUUUUUCUUUAUUUAUUUAAAUGGAGAAGAAUUUGUCAACAAACCUAAGCUUAAAGUAGAUUAA